AUGAGUCGAGUCGGUUCGUCUGGAAUUCUCGGAAAGUUCUUACGUGCCGGGUGGGUUUUGAGGGGGGUGGUCGUUGGAGUGGAACGAGCGGGAGGUCAGAAAAACAAGACUCGUAUUCGAGCUGGAGCGGCGGAAGAGGGUGGUCAGUGUGAAAAGGCAGGUGCGGUUGCCAAGUGGGCAGUCACUGGCAGGUACCAGGGAUGCAGGGCCGGGCCACUUCUUCUUUCCUCCGUCGCACUGUCCGUGACCCGUGUGGUGGCUGUUCUUGGCUUCUUCCUGGGCCAAGAAGCGUCAGAAAAGGGAACCUCAAGUCUCCAAGCAGAAAACUGCCCAGCAACAUUCUGGUGCAAGGGACAACGUGGUGGCGAUGGCUUGAACCCUGGGCCCGACACGGGGCACUGUGGCACACGACGAUCAAUGCUAAGAGGUACGUACACAGUACGUCUCUCUCGUUUCCUUCGUCUCUCGGCGAAUCAGAAAUGGCUUCACCCUCAGACCCUUCGUUGCCCUCCUGAAGUCUCCCUCACCCUCACGGCCUCACCUCUCGAGAUUUACACGGCUCAGCCUCCAGCUCACUGCUCACGACCCUUUGCUCAAACGCUCAGUCAAAUCGUCUAUUCGCCGCCUCCAACAGUCCACGACAUAACCGAGAAUACCGCCGAGCCUCUUAGCGGCCGAAUGGUUGGUGCCCAUGAAAAACGGCUUGGACGGCCCCUUCUAGCCCGUCAGAUGGCUCCAGACUUUGAGAGACUGGUCCAGCCCGCUGCGACCGCUGACUCUGCCGCAUUCCUCGUAGCGGUUGGCGCCGACUGA